AAUCGGCAAAAAAAACACUGAACUUUGCGGGAAUUGCCAAAAGAAACCUGUACUCGAACCUGACCAAUAAAACCCCGAUUUUUUGUUGACGUUUUUAGUUAAUUCACAAACUUACGGUUGACUAACCAAAUUAACACACCGUUAACCGACAGUUAAGACAGUGUUAACUCACCGUUAAUUAUUGCCGUUUAGUGAAACUACGUCGUUUCAUUCAGUUGUUUUGUUAAACACAAAAUCUCAAGACGACGUCGUUUUGCUUAAUUAAAAUUGUUGUUGCUGCCUGGACUCGAACCCGUGCACUCGUGGUCGUAAGGGGGUAUUGCCACUGAGCUAGUGGACUUUUCGGAAGGUUAUCACACAUGUUUAUUUUUAUUGAUCAAAAGAUGUGUUUGAUUGCAAUCAAACAAAAUGAAACCCGUGUUUGAACGUAACCCUAAUUUCUCAAAUCGAUUUGGGGAUUUCUCUUGUAGAGAUGGUAAAGACGAAGUUCACAAGGAAUGGAAAGGAGGUAAUGAUUUUCGGAGCGAUGAGGAAUUUCGAUUACGGGAGUGACGAAGCGGUUCAAGAGUCGAAGAAGGGUGGAGAACGCGAUGCUUCUGUGAGUUUGCCAUCGCUGGAGAGAUCGAGGAUUCGUAAAAGCGUUGAAGGGAUAUCGAUGUUGGCAUCUACAGAGGUGUCGAAGGCGUCGAAGACUAGGCGGGGAACUUCAUAUGGGUCGCCUGCGUCAUCUCCGGAGAAGACCACGAGGAGGGGAACUUCAUAUGGGUCGCCUGCGUCAUCUCCGGUGAAGGCCACGAGGCGUGGUUCAACUCUGUCUCCUAGAGUUUCGAAGAAGCAGAAGGUAAAUGUGGCUCCUUCUGGUGAUGACAGAGAAGAAUGGCCAGAGACUGAGAUGUUGGCAUCAACAGUUGCGAAGAAGACAAGGCGGGGAACUUCAUCUGGCGGGUCGCCUGUGUCUCCUAGACAAUCGAAGAAGCAGAAGGUAAACUCGGAGAGGAGUCUAGGUGAUGAUGGUGAUGACAGAGAAGAAUUUCUCCAGAUUGAGGAAUUUGGGGAUAUAGGUGAUGAUGGUAGGGAAGAUGAGAACGGUAUUGCUGGCAUUGAGGAAGUUGGUUGUACAGAUUUGAGUCUUUAUUUUGGUGAUAAAGCAAAAAAUGAUGACUGUGAGGUUGAUGAAGACGAAGGCGAUGAUGAUGCAUGGGAUGAUGAUAAAAUCCCUGAUCCUCUGUCAUCAGAUGAUGAGAAUGAAGAGGAGAUGAGACCUGCGCAAGCUUACAGAGAAGACACUGAUCCAGAGGAGCUCCUUCAGCUAGGCAAGACAUUUUCAGAUGCUGAGGACUUCAAACAUGCUUGUCUGAGGUAUACCCUGAAAACCAGAUACAACAUCAAGUACUACAGAUCCAGUAGCUUGAAGAUGGGUGCAAAAUGUGCCGCUGAGAUGAGAGAUGAUGAGGCUCCUUGUCCCUGGAUGGUCUACUGUUCGUAUGAUAGGAGGAAACAGAAGUUGAUGGUAAAGACAUACGUCAAUGACCAUAAGUGUGAGAGGACAGGGUAUUCGAAGAUACUUAAGAGGUCAGCAAUUGCAAGUCUAUUUGCUGAGAGGUUAAGGCUGAAUCCUAAGCUCACGGCAAAGGAGAUACAAUCUGAGAUAUUGAGGGAGUAUAAGAUGGAAGUUUUAGAAAACUCAUGCAUUAAGGCCAAGACGAAGGUGAUGAAAGAAAGGAGGAAGACCCAUGAGGAGCAUUUUGAUCCUGGCGCACAUGCAUCUCUGAUAAAGACAAAGCCAGAGACUUGGUCUAGAGCUUUCUUCAAGAUAGGCUCCUACUGCAAUGAUAAUCUGAACAACUUGUGUGAGUCCUUCAACAAGACCAUCAGGGAGCCUAGGAAGAAACCUCUGCUAGACAUGUUAGAGGAGAUAAGGCGUCAAUGUAUGACUAGGAACUACAAUAGGUCUAAGAUGGCUAAGGACAGGAAGACUAGGUUCACCCCGAAGACACAUAAAGAGUUAGACAGGGUUGAGAAGAAGUCAAAAGAAUGUAGUCUGCGUUGGGCAAUUGGGCCAGAGACUGAGGUGGAAGAUAGAGACCAGUCAUAUGUGGUGAAUUUGGAGAAUGAGACUUGUGCAUGUCGAAGCUGGCAAAUGAAUGGUAUUCCAUGCAUCCAUGCUGCUAAGGUCAUCCUUGGCGUGGGAAGAAAACUCUCUGAAUUUGUUGCUCCUUUCUACACAACCUCUAAGUGGCGUGAAACCUACAGUUUUGGGAUCAGACCUGUAAAUGGGAUGAUAGAGUGGCCUCGGACCAAUAGAUUAGGUGUGAUUCCACCACCUAAUCGAAAUGGCAAGCCUGGUAGGCCUAAAAACCAUGAUCGAAAGAAGGGAACCAAUGAGACAGUGUCUACUACCAAGCUGAGUCGUGCGAACAGGGUAAUGACAUGCUCUAAUUGCAAAGAAGAAGGGCACUACAAGAAUACAUGUCGGAAGGCUUUUGUUGAGAGCCCACCUAAAAAACCAAGAGGCAGACCAAGGAAAUAUCAGGGACUACACUUUGGCGAGUCACAAGCUCAAUCCUCAGAAGCUCAAACCUCACAAAAUCAAUCCUCACAAGCUCAAGCAUCACCAUGGGAAGUUCCUCAAUCUUCAGAAGGUCAAUCCUCACAAGCUGAAGCAUCACAGACAGCAUCGUGGGGAAGAUGGUUGUUUUAGAUGCUUGUGUGUUGUUUAUGAUGGUCUCUUUCUGAAUGCUUUCGUUGUCUGUUGUUUAUGAUGGUGUCUCUGUCUGAAUGCUUUUGGAACAAGAACUACCUUUUUCUUUCUUCUUUUCCUGCUGUUUUAAUUUGAAACUCUCAAUGAAGAUAGUCUUGGUUAUUA